UGUUCUGUAGGGCAGGUGAAGCUCAGAACAUUCUUUGUUCAUCUUCACACACGUCUAAACACAGGGAAGUGUAGCUGCUUAAAGCUCUGCAGUGUAAAUGUAGGAGCUCAGGAGUGUGUCACUAUCAUAACCAUCUUCACCACCACCAUCCUCCUCCUCCUCCUCUUCAUCAUCAUCAUCAUCAUCAUCACCACCGCGGGACGGUGUGGACGGCAGUAAAGAAGUAGAGGAUCUCGGAACUCCGUGUAGGAGAGAUGCUGCGAGCUCUGAGUCUGACUCUGACGGAGAACCGCUGCACAACACCACCGAGCUGGCUGUGCUCCAAUCUAAUCUCCUGCUAAAUCGGUUUGUGCGCGAAGGGAACCGGAAACACCCAUCCGCAUCCUGCUCAGGAGUCCGAGUCGGUCCGAGUCUGUCCGAGUCUGUCCGUGCACGUGAACUACCGGCUGCUCCCGGGACUGAGAGGAGCAUCAGAGGAACCCGCGUGUAGUGAGGUGUAGUGAGGUGUAGUGAGGUGUAGUUUCCUCUCUUCGCUUUCUCUUCAUUAAAUAAUACACCAUGCUGGACUAGUGCUGGAUGAAGGAACACUUUUCACCAUGAGCACGAACGGCCCCUACCAGCACCCCAGCUAUGGUGGAGGACGUGGAGGACAUAGCCAAGACUCCAUCUCCUGCUUCCGAUGUGGCGAUGUGUGCAAAGGAGAAGUGGUGCGCGUGCAGAACGUCCACUUUCACGUCAAGUGUUUCACCUGCCAGGUGUGCGGCUGUGACCUGGCAUGUUCCGGAUUCUUCCAGCAGGCCGGUGAGUACAUCUGCACCAAGGACUACCAGCGGCUUUACGGCACUAAAUGUGACAGCUGCGGGGAAUUUAUUACCGGGGAGGUGGUGUCAGCUCUGAGCCGGGCUUACCACCCAAAGUGCUUCGUCUGCACCAUCUGCAGGAAGCCGUUCCCCAUCGGAGACAGGGUGACCUUCUGUGGGAAGAAGUGUGUGUGUCAGCAGUGCUCACACACGCUCGUCGGCAGCAACGAGCCCGUGAAGAUCCACGGGCCGAGUCACUGUGCUGGCUGUAAGGAGGAGAUAACUCACGGUCAGUCCCUGCUGGCUCUGGAGAAACAGUGGCACGUCAGCUGCUUUAAGUGUCAAACCUGCGGCACAGUCCUGACUGGAGAGUACAUCAGCAAAAAUGGUAUUCCGUACUGCGAGUCAGAUUACCACAGGCAGUUCGGCAUCAGGUGCGAGACGUGCAGCAGAUACGUCAGCGGGAAAGUGCUGGAGGCCGGUGGAAAGCAUUAUCACCCGACAUGUGCGCGCUGUGCACGCUGUCAGAUGACGUUCACUGAAGGGGAAGAGAUGUACCUGGCAGGUUCACAGGUGUGGCAUCCGAUGUGUAAGCAGGCUGCGAGGACGGAGAGGAAGCUCAGGCUAAGACGCACCUCAGAGGCCUCCAUCUCUCCUCCCGGCUCCAGUAUAGGAUCUCCCAGCAGGGUCAUUUGUGCCAGAGUGGAGAAUGAGAUCCUCAGUUACAGGGCUCUGUCCUCAUUACCUAAGCUUAGCGCUGUAUACGGCGAGCCGCGAGCCGGUCUCGUUCCUUACGAGGCGUAUCACAGAUACUUCUCUGAUGACAGGCUAGAGCGUUACCGCUGUGGGGAGUCUCUGGGAACUCUCUCUGUGUAUUCUCAGGAUAUCUACGACAGUUUGGACCUCAGGCAUCGGCGUUCCUCCAGCCCGGGCUACAUCGACUCACCGACGUACAGCCGUCAGGGAAUGUCUCCCGCUGUGCCGCGCUCGCCUCAGCUCUACUACCGCUACGGCACUGAUAGUGGCAGGAGUUCUCCCUGUUACAGUCAGCUCGACGCCAGAUCCAGCAUGUACCCAGCACCCAAGCAUUUUCAUGUGCCAGCCACUGGGGAGGCCAACAUCUACAGGAAGCCACCCAUCUAUAAGAGACAUGAUGACGACGAAUACGAAGCGACGAAGACUAAAACCAACGAAGAGCUCCCCCUGUCUUCCCCGUUCUCAUCUCCGGACCACUACCAGCACUACUGCCACUACACCGGCUCACCGAAAGUUCCUCGAGCUCGCAGGUUCUCCUCAGGAGGAGAGGAAGACGGCUGGAAUCGGAGCAUUAAUAGGAUCCAGGCUGGGAUCGGGAGGAUGAUACUGAAGGAAGAGAUGAAGGCCCGGUCUGGUUCCUAUGACAACGACCCUUGGGCGAGUGCACGCAACUCUCGCAGCGGGAGCAAAGAAACCCUGUCCGGUCUGGGCUACAGUAACACUGUUAACGGCUCUCCCAGAUCGCAGUACAGCGCAGACAGCGAUCCGUUCAUCUCGAAAUCAGCUUCGUUGCCAGGCUAUGGCAGGAACGGUAUAAACAGGCCCCACAGUGCGGAUUACUUCCACUACGACAGCACCAACGCAGUAAACUGGGGAUUUAGAGAAUACAAGGUUAGCGACCACACGACCCAAUACUGAAGACCCCAGGACAAGAACAAGAACCAUUUUUAUUUCAUAAUUGAAACCUGUGACAUUUUUUUUUUCUUUGAGCUGUCUGGGAAACAUUUAAAAUGAAUAAGAUAAUAAUGGAAAUGCGUCUCAAUCAGAGUGUGAAUUAGUUAGCGAGUUUUCUGCCGUUAGCAAAGUUCGAAAUAUGAAACAAAGAACCCUUUUUUUUUAAAAAAAAAACUAGUGACGAUAACUUUCACGAAAGGUGAACAAAGAAGCGUAACUAUAAAUAAAAGAGCCAUGCUAAACACAGCUUGCUAACAACCUAAUGGCUAGCUAGCAGUAAGCUACAGCAGCAUAAAUUACAAGUCUACAGGUGUGGCAAAUAGAUAUUUCCUAUUUCAAUUCAAUUACGAGACCAAACUAGCCGGCUAACUCAUAACAUGUUUCGUCUAGAUGUCUGCAUUUUUAGUUUAUAACGAGUAAAUACGCGGUGAGGGAGUGUUGAGUAUUUCGUAAGUGCUUGCUCCGUUGUAGCGGCGUUUAAACGUGUCAUUUACGUGUCUUUCUGACACGCUUUGGGAAACGUUCAUUAGAUUUAGAUCCCUGUUUUUGACUUUCUGCUGAUUUUUACUCAGCAGUUUUCUUAAGACUUGAUAAAGACUGAAACUGGUUUGUAUGAGAAAUAAAACGAGUGGAAAUAAAUAAAUCACACUGUCCACACCUAGAACGAUGCCGUGAGCCACGACAUCGCUCAUUGUUAAUUGUUUGUUGUUAAAGUCGGUCAUCUUUCUGCCGUUUGCAGAUCUAUCCGUAUCGGGAUCUCAUCGUCACCGUCCGUGGUCGUAACGCGCUUCCCGGUGACGUGGACAGGACGAGAUUAGAGAGACACUUGUCCCCUGACGAGUUCUACCAGGUGUUCGGGAUGACCAUGGCCGAUUUCGAGCGCUUGGCAUUGUGGAAACAAAACGAGUUAAAGAAGCAGGCAAGGCUGUUCUAGAAACAUGAAGCUGUGGGCCUCACCU